CGGGGAUAAAUAUUUAUCUCCUGGAAUCCGACUGCAUCUUUUCCCUUUUCUGCUUUUGCUUCUACUUCUACUUCUACUCCUUUCUAUUUUGGAUAGCCCGCCCUCCAUGUCCCAACAAGUCGUUCCUUAAAUUCCUCCUUCCGUGUCAGCGACAUAAUCCAUACAUAAUCUCGGAUGCAGCAGGCAACCGGCAUGUGCAGUAUUUUACUACAUCGGACUGGUCCCUUGUUGCCUUGAGAUUGCUUCCCCGUGCUUCCACCUUAUCCAAGUCAUGUGGAGACGAACGUACCUGCUGCUACUGGUGAUCCGGGUGUACUUCGCACUGUCGCCAAGUUAUUUACAUCCAGACGAGAACUUCCAAGGCCCCGAGGUCUUUGCUGGUCGUAUUUUCUCUUAUCCUUCCCGAUUACCGUGGGAAUUCACUUCCGAGAACCCGAUUCGUAGUGUCUUUCCACUAUGGCCGACGUACGAUGUACCGAUGAACCUGCUGAAGGGGUUCUAUACAGAAAGCGGGACGCUAAAUCCUCCUCCACACUUGGUUUAUUAUGUGCUGAGAGGGAGCAUGUUUCUGUUGAGCUUCGUGCUUGAGGAUUGGGCCGUCUAUGAGCUGGUUCCCCUGCCGCGCCAUCGCCGCGCAACGGUGGUCCUAGUUGCAUCCUCGUACGUCACCUGGACAUAUCAGACUCACACCUUCUCCAACUCCCUCGAGACCCUGUUGGUGGCCUGGGGCUUGGUAUUGAUUCAACGCAUAGUUGAGAACAAGCGACGCUCUUCCCUCUUCGCAUGCGCCGUACUAUCGCUAAUCGCCGUCGUGGGCGUUUUCAACCGGAUCACGUUUCCUGCCUUCCUCCUGAUUCCAGGGCUUCAAUUACUGCCUCAUUUCUGGCGCAAGCCAUAUUCCUUUCUCUCUUUCGCUGGAUUCGGUUUAUGCUUCUUCUGCAUCGCUGUCCUUGUCGAUACAGCGUUUUACAGUCCCUCUGCAUCGCUCUGGGAUGUCCUUCAUGCACCUGUAAUCACGCCCCUCAACAACCUGCUUUACAACACCGAUGAGGCCAAUCUAGCGCUCCAUGGACUCCACCCUCGUUAUCACCACUUUCUAGUCAAUCUGCCACAACUUCUGGGGCCUGCAUACGUGGCGAUAAUAGUUUCCGUAUGGAAAUCGGCCGCGAUACCAUCUUGGCUAAAGAACAGGCGCGCCGUCUCCGCCGUAUCAGCAACUGCUAUGCUUUCCAUCUUCCCACACCAGGAACCCCGGUUCCUGAUUCCAUGCGUCCCUUUACUCCUCAGCUGUCUUCGAGUGCGCAAAUCACACCUUUUCUUGGCUACCUGGGUGGUUUUCAAUGCCGCUCUGGGUUUCCUGAUGGGGGUCUACCAUCAGGGUGGUGUAGUGCCUACUCAGCUUGCGAUACCCUCUAUAGUCUCAACGAGCGUCUUAGAGACGGACGCCACUUUCUCUGGAGAUAAUUCCCGGAUGUCUGCCACCGUACUCUGGUGGAAGACUUAUUCCCCUCCCUUAUGGUUGCUGGGAGAAAAUACCACCACGCCGCUGGACAUCGAGACGCGGGACUUAAUGGGUAUUUCCGGACCUGAAAUGGCCAGCGAGCUUGAGAGAGUGGUGCCCCAAUGUCCACGCGAUUACGACAGCUCGAAUGCGUCCAAACACUCAAUAUUCGUGGUCGCACCCAAAUCUGCUACUUUCCUCGACCGGUAUACGACACCAUCGUCCGACGAAUCGGACCUUGUACUGCACGAGCUUUGGACCUGGCGCAACCACAUCAAUUUGGAUGACCUAGACUUCGGCACAGACGGCAUCCUCCCAACCCUGAAGCGAGUAAUUGGUAGGCGCGGGCUGUCUGUCUGGGCAGCACGAAGAACCGGUUGUGUUUGACAAGUUCCUCUCCGACAUCAGAUGACAUCGAAGCUCACUCGGUCAGCCGGAAACUCAUAACCUUCUUGCUCCUCCCCCAAACAUACGCUUAUAUCUUUUAUUGGCCUCUUCUUCUAUUUCCUCUUGGCAUUUUAUUUCACACCAGCC